AUGAAUGAACCAAAAUUGCAGAUAGAAUUUCAGUACAAUGAUGAACGCCAAUACACCACACCUCCCUCGGAUAAAUUAAGCAAGAGUGCAUCUUGGAACGAGAAUAUUUUAUUAAACAUAAAAAGAUUGGAUGCUGACAAAGAUGCGAACCUGAUUAUUAAAUGUUGGGACAAUAGAAUCAAAGGACCAGAAGAAAAAGAAAGGACUGGGAUGAUUUUAAUAACCCGUUUAAAAUAUAAGGAUUUGUGCGGGAUGUCUGGUCCUUUAGAAUUUAAGUUGGAUCAAGACAAACAUUCAACCAAGGAUUACUGGAAAACCUCACAAUCAGAAUUCAAAUGGCCAGUAUCCCUAUUUUUACUUGACAAGAUCAGUGAACUGACUAUUCAUUGUGUGCUUUCAAGUAAUCAGGGAUGCCCAACAACUAAAAUAAAAAUUGGCCCAUCUAAUAAUAAAUCCGAGAACCGGAUCUGGAAAAAUUUAAUAAAGUCUGUUGGGCCGAUUCCACUAAUGGAAAGAGGAAUGGAUUAUUCAAAUGUAGAGUUUUUAUUAACACUGCAUACGAUUACUCCAAUAAGUGAAUUAUCAUCAUCGCCAAUUCUUACUC